ACUCAGAGAAUCGAAGAAUCGUAAAAUGACAACCCCGUUUCAAUCAUUUCGUAUACUGACAAUUGUAUUGUCAUGUGUUGGCUCGUUUUUGGCAGCAGAACUCAGAACUAUCUAUCAAUGGAAGUACAUAGAAUACACCUGCGAAAAUCCACUUGAUGAGCAGACGUUCAAAGUUUCCGAAGAAUACAAUUACACGAAAAUCAUACCAAUUGAUUUCCAGAAAACCUCGGAUAAUAGAGUUCUGGUUACAACACCCAGAUUUUCCCACAGAGCGCCAAGUUUGUCAAUUGUUUCCGCUCAGAUCGGGGAUGGUGGUCCGUUGUUGGAACCCUAUCCAAGUUGGGAUUGGCAUGAGACAGGAAGUUGUGGCGAUGAAAUAAUAACAAGCGUGUCCCGUCUUUUCACUGACAGUUGCGGCAGACUAUGGUUCGUCGACUCCGGGAAGAUAGGAAGCGAGCAGGUUUGUUCAGCUCGGCUGUUCGCCUUCAACACGACAACCGACCAGGUGAUCCAUCGCGUUGAUAUUCCAAAUGAGUUGACCCACAAUUCCGUGAAUCCGAGUAAGGGCCGACUUGAGAUACAGAUCGUCGAGACGCGGGGAGACUCGUGCGAAGAGACUUGGGCUUACAUUGGGGACCCGGAGGGCUAUGGUCUUGUUAUUUGGGAUGGUUUGGACAUGUGGCGUCUGGAAAACGACGAUGUUUAUGCCCCGGACUCAUCAGCUACGACGUUCAGCGUUGCCGGAGAGAACGUGACUCUGGAACUCGGGACUUUCAGUUUGAAAAUAACGCUUCCGGGAUUCAUUGACGAGGAUUAUCUUCUACUAAGACCAUUGGCCUCCUUCUCUGACUACGCGAUAAGAACCGAGGAUUUGCACAAUUCCAAGAACAGCAGUGUGACUUACUACAAGGGCAACAUUACGCUACCAUCGCAAGAGCUUGUCAGCCGCUUUUCCAAGUCCGGGGUCCUCAUGGGCGCCUUCACCUCGAGUUUGGCAGUGGCUUGCUGGAAUCUUGCAAAUCCUCUGGCGACAGAGUACGUGGGUACCCCGUUGGAGGACGACGAGGCUCUCCAAUUUACGAGCGCUGCUAGAAUUUUUGAAGGGAGUGAACCCGGAUUUGAGUAUGAAGAGUACUGGAUGAUGACCAAUCGGUAUCAAAAAUUCGCACUGGGUACCAUGGAUUUUGACGAUAUCAAUUUCAGAAUCCUAUCGGUCAACAUCGCUGACGUCGUCAAAGGCACCGUGUGUGCGCCGAGCUCGCACAAUACCACAAGCAUUGAAGAUAAAUUUUUCUUUGAAUAUGAAACAGUAUAAAAACUUCCCUCACGCUCGUCCAUAUUCUGGUGCUCGUUACUACAGUAGU